CUAGAAGACAAUGUGAAGGUGCAUGCACACAGAAUUGUUUUGGCUUCCCGUGUGCCCUCACUGUGUGAUGCUCUGUGUAAAACCCCAACGAAGGACCAAGUUGUGGUGCUGAAGUGGCCCACAGCCUCAUCAGAAAUCGCAACGACGUUCAUCGCUUAUGUAUACACAGGACAACUUGAAGUCAACGAAGCGAAUGCGGCUGGGCUGAUUGUACUGUCACAACAGCUCGCAAUGCCUCACGUGGAAGAAUGGGCAGUGCAUUUUAUGGCCGCCAGAUUGAAUUCUGAAAACAUAGAAAAGCGCUGGGACCUUUCACAAUUGCUGAAAAGUGCCCAUUUGAGUAACGCCUGCCUGGAAUACAUGAAAAAGACAUUUGAGGCCAUAGCUGUCAGUGAUUUAUUCAUACAACUGCCAUUUGAGGCCGUCGUGUCCCUGUUGCGAGCAGAUGACCUUCAGGUGGACAGCGAAGAGACUGUCCUCAAGGCGAUUGGGAGGUGGGUCAGUCCACUGGGCAAAGUGGAUGAAACACGAGUGGUGGACGCGGCAGCUAUGAUGAAGGAAAUGCGGUGGUAUCAAGUUGACGCCGAUUUCCGAUACCGGCUGGAUGAUGAGGAUGGUUUUUGGAAUAAAAAUUUGGAAUGCUCGUAA